GGCUUCUGUGGAAACAGAAACUCAUCUCAGCUUCACACCUCCCACUUCCCAACCGACGCCUCCUUCUGCAGAACUGCACACAGACCCGGUCCAGAGGUGAGCCGCCAGAGCCCGGAGGACCAUGAGGCCGUGCACGCCGCCGCUGCUGCUGCUGCUGCUCAUGGCAGGGAUGUGUGCAGCCCUCCCCUCGCCCUCCAACGUGUCCAUCUCCUCCUACAACCUGCAGCACACCCUCACCUUCUCGCCCGGGCCCCACAGCCCCCCCGGCGCCGGCUUCAGGGUCCAGGUCUCCAACUCCAGGAGGAAGUCGUGGAGGUCGGUGGUUGCGUGUUGGAGUCUGAGGGCGGGGCAGACCUGUAACCUGACCAAGGCCUUCAAAGACCCGUUCAGCACCUACAGAGCUCGAGUCUGUGCCGUCACGGCCAACCAGACGUCGGAGUGGACCGAGUCCGGCCCGUUCGAGCCCAUGUCAGACACCGUGUUCGGGCCUCCUGGCGUGUCCGUCUCCGGCUGUGGGAACUGCCUGCUGCUGCGCCUCAGUGUUCCUGCAGAGCUGAGGAGGAGCUUCCGAGUGGGAGGAGCGCACAGUCAGGUGCACGUGCACGUGCAAAGAACCAGGGACCAGACCCAGUUCAGCCUGCUGCUGCCCCUCCAGGAGGAGAACGUCAUCUCGUACCUGGAGCCGGGGGUGGAGUACUGCGUGCGCGCCUCCUUCGUGUCCUUCCUGAACCGCAACACGCUCCCGAGUGAAGCUCACUGCGCCUUCACCAGCGCUCCUCCGCCCAAGCUCUGCCUGCAAAUGCUGAAGGGCCUGCUGGGGGCCUUCGGUCUGCUGCUGGUCCUGGUCCUGCUGACCUGUGUGCGCUGGGUGAGGGUCAGGCGGCAGCAGGUCCUCCCCAGGCCUGAGAGAGCCCCCCCAGCUGUGUGCUCCGGGUUCCCUCUGAGCACGUCAAAGCAACAUGAGAGCGCCCCCUGAAGGUCAGAGCCCCGCCCUGCAGCUGCUGGGAGGGCAGAGCGGGUCAGCCGGAACCGGGUCAACUGGAACCAGGUCAGCCGGAACCGGGUCAGAGUCCAGCAGAGCUCACGAGUCUGCUGGAGUCGAACAGACAUGAUGACAUCACAGACGUGGAGGAGCGUCUGACCUUUGUUUACUGUGAAGUCUAUCUGUAGAAGCUGUGGAGGAUCUGUGUGUGUGUUUGUAUGUGUGUGUGUGUUUGUGUGUGUGUUUGUAUGUGUGUGCUCUUGUUUCUCUAUUCUAUGUGUG